AUGGAUCGCGUCGUGACCCUCGUUUCUGCUGCGUUGAAAGCAUCUACUCUCUUCGCCGACUUUGUCAGUGCAUCAGGCCAAAAUGGCACCAUCCCGAUGCAACUCAGACUGGCUUAUGCCGGAUCAACCGGUAUGGUUGUCAGUUGGAACACCUACUCGCAAUUGUCGCUCCCAACUGUCCGUUACGGUCGUGACCCUGAACACCUGAACCGUGUUGCUUCUUCCAACGUCUCCGUUACCUACCCUACGUCCACAACCUACAACAACCAUGUUUCUAUCGCGGAUUUGAAGCCCAACACCCUUUACUACUAUCAGCCGUAUGAUAGCAACUCAUCGGUUCCCUACACCUUCAAGACCAGUCGCCACGCAGGCGACAAGACUCCCUACUCGAUCGCUGUUGCCAUCGAUAUGGGUCUCAUGGGCCCUCGGGGUUUGACCACAACAGUAGGCGCUGGAGCCGGCCACCCUCUUGGUCCCAAUGACAACAACACUAUGCAAUCCUUGCAGGCACAGGGCGCUGAUACCGACUUCCUGUGGCAUCCGGGUGACAUUGCCUACGCGGACUACUGGUUGAAGGAGGAAAUCCAGGGCUUCCUCCCUAACACCACAAUCGGAGACGGUGCCAAGGUCUACGAGUCUCUUCUUAACCAAUACUAUGAUGAAGUUUCGGCGAUCUCUGCUCGUAAGCCGUACAUGGUUGGACCCGGUAACCACGAGGCUAACUGUGACAAUGGUGGUACCACUGAUAAGGCGCACAACAUCACCUACGACGUGUCUAUUUGCAUGCCUGGUCAGACCAACUUCACGGGCUUCCGCAACCACUUCCGCAUGCCCAGUGCCCAAUCUGGUGGUCUCGAAAACUUCUGGUACUCCUUCGAUCAUGGCAUGGUGCACUAUGUCACUCUAGAUACUGAGACCGACCUUGGCCAUGGGCUUAUUGCCCCUGAUGAGCCCGGUGGUCCUGAAGCUGAGAAGAGCGGCCCUUUCGCCGUCCGUGAUGCCCAGCUGAACUGGCUUAAAAAGGACUUGGCUUCUGUUGACCGGAAGAAGACGCCCUGGAUCGUGGUUGCUGGUCACCGACCCUGGUACGUCAGUGCCGCGAACCGGAGUAGCACUAUCUGCGAAGAGUGCCGGGAGGUUUUCGAACCGCUCCUCCUCGAGUACAAUGUUGACCUGGUCCUCUCCGGUCACACCCAUGUCUACGAGCGCAACGCGCCUAUCGCAAACUUUAACGUCGACCCCAUGGAGCUCAACAACCCCAGCGCGCCAUGGUAUAUCACCAACGGUGCUGCGGGUCAUUACGAUGGUCUCGACCCCUUGGUCCGUCCUCUCCAGAACUAUGCUCGCUACGCAACGGAUUCUAUCUAUGGCUGGAGCAGACUGACCUUCCACAACUGCUCGCACCUGACCCAUGAGUUCGUGGCCAGUGUCAAUGGUACUGCUUUGGACACGGCGACGCUUUUCAAGGAUCGCAAGUGCUGA